AUGGGUCAACAAGUUUUCUCCUUAUUUCAUCUUGAAAGAAAGAAGCUCUUAUGCUUUAUUAUUAUCAUUACUUUUGCAAUCAUUUUAGCAUUCCAAUAUUUUGAGCUUCCUUAUGGUUACAUUCUAGGACCCUCUAAAUUUGCUUCUGAAAAAACAUCAACAUUAUCAAAUACUACUAUAAUUCAUCAACCUGCAGAUUCACCUUCUGCAUCUGAAAUUUUUGAGAGUGUUGCCCUUUUGAAUCAAACAUAUUCACAACAUCCUUUUGAAAAUGUUAAUGAAACUAGGUUGCAUGAGGAAAAUGAUACUAUGUUCAACAAUUCAUAUCCUAGUUUUCAUUCCCCUUCUCCUAGUCCUGCAAUUGCGCCAACAAAUUUGACUCCUACUCCUGCAAGUCCUCCAACAAAAAUGCUAUCAAAUGAUUCUGAAAUUGCUGAUUCUAUGAAUGAUGAGAGGUUCAAGCCAUUACAAGACGAUGAUGUCAAUGUAAUUAGCAGCAACCAGUCUUCUGUCACAAUUUUGCCUAAGGAGAUGAGUGGUUCUGUUAUUAAAGUUCCAGAGACGACAUCGAUCUCGGAUAUGAACAAGUUAUUGCUUCAAAGCUAUGCUUCGUAUCGAUCUAUGCGGCCAAGAUGGUCUUCAGCUGUUGAUCAAGAGUUACUACAAGCUAGACUUGAGAUUGAAAAUGCACCACUUGUAACUGAUCUUGGAAACCUUUAUGCUCCCCUUUUUCGCAAUGUUUCCAUGUUUAAGAGGAGCUAUGAGUUGAUGGAAAAGACUCUCAAAGUGUAUGUAUACACAGAAGGGUCUAAGCCGAUAAUGCAUUCGCCAUAUCUUUUGGGAAUUUACGCUUCCGAGGGAUGGUUCAUGAGGCUGAUGGAAGUUAAUAAAGCAUUUGUUACUAAAGACGCGAAGAAGGCGCACCUGUUUUACUUACCUUUCAGUUCUCGAAUGCUUGAGGAAACAUUGUACGAUCAAAAUUCGCAUAGUCACAGGAAUCUAAUGCAGUAUCUAAAUAACUAUGUAGACAUGAUUGCUGGAAAGCAUCGGUUCUGGAACAGAACAGGAGGCGCUGAUCAUUUUCUUGUGGCUUGCCAUGAUUGGGCACCUUCCGAAACAAAGCAGCGGAUGGCGAAGUGCAUAAGAUCUCUAUGUAAUGCUGAUGUCAAAGAAGGUUUCAUGUUAGGUAAAGACGUGUCACUUCCCGAAACUUAUGUCCGCAAUGCUAAGAAUCCAACCAGAGACCUCGGUGGAAAACCACUUUCAAGGAGGAAAACUCUUGCCUUUUUCGCAGGCGGUAUGCACGGCUACGUCCGUCCAAUUCUUCUACAGCAUUGGGAAAACAAAGAUCCUGAUAUGAAAAUCUUCGGUAUGAUGCCAAAGUCAAAAGGAAACCGGAACUACAUCCAGUACAUGAAAAGUAGCAGGUAUUGUAUAUGUCCAAAGGGAUAUGAAGUUAACAGUCCAAGAGUUGUUGAGGCUAUCGUCUACGAAUGUGUUCCGGUUAUUAUAUCGGACAACUUCGUGCCGCCUUUUUUCGAGGUUCUGAAUUGGGAAUCAUUUGCUGUAUUUGUUUUGGAGAGGGACAUUCCAAAUUUGAAGAGUAUUCUUGUUUCCAUUCCAAAAAAGAGGUAUCUUGAAAUGCAGAUGAGAGUGAAAAAAGUGCAACAGCAUUUUCUUUGGCAUAGAAGUCCUGUUAAGUAUGAUAUAUUUCAUAUGAUACUUCAUUCCAUUUGGUAUAAUAGAGUCUUCACUGCAAGAACUAGAUAA